AUGGACAAAAGGAGGCUCGGUCUGGGGGAGUACAAGUUGAGCGGUGAGGAAUGGUUGAUGGUGACGCAGUUGCGCGACGUCCUGAAGAUUCUCAAACACGCCACUCUGUAUUUCUCACGGGCAAUGCCCAACCUUUCCAUGGUCAUCCCUGCCAUGGACCACAUUGACACCACCUUCACAAAUGGCAUGAUCAACAGAGAUCUUCUUCAUCCUGCGAUACACAUUGCUUUGGGACUGGCCAAAAAGACUCUGAACCGAUACUACUCACUUACCGAUGCCUCAGAAGUAUACUGGAUCACAAUGGGUAAAAGACAACAGCACAAGCUAGAAUAUUUCAAGUGUGCUGGAUGGAAGCCUGAGUGGAUUGAAACAGCCAAGGACAUUGUUUGUGAGUGA